AGCGGUACCGGUACUUGCCAUCCCCUUCCACACAGUUGGAAAGCCACACACGGAUCAGCAGACGCGCCAGGCUCUCCCCGCCCUCUCUCAGCGUGCAAGAUGUCAGACAGGGCGUCCCCGAGCUCCGAGGUGAUGGCGGGCGAGCAGGAGGAGGUGUGCGUGGUGUGCUUCAGGAGCCUGGAUAUCUACAGCGUCGGGGAGUGUGACCACCCCGUGUGCUACGAGUGCUCCACCAGGAUGAGGGUGCUGUGUGCCAGGAACGAGUGCCCCAUCUGCAGGAAGGACAUGGCCAAGGUGGUGUUCCUGAAGGAGGUGGUGCCCUUCUCCAGCAUCAACACACGCAACAUGCACUUUGAGCGGCGCUAUGCGAUAUUCUUUGAGACCGAGGUGUUGAUGAGGGCGUAUGAUGCCCUGUUGGAGCACCGGUGUAAGUCCUGCGACGACUUUCCCAUCUUCAGGAACUUCACGCAGCUCAAGGACCACAUGAGGAAGUACCACGAGCGCUUCUACUGUGAGCUGUGUGUUGAUCACCUCAAGAUUUUCACCCACGAGCGAAGGUCAUACACAAGGUCACAGUUGGCGCAGCACAGGCGGAAGGGUGACACAGACGACCGCAGCCACCGGGGCCACCCCUUGUGUGAGUUCUGCGACGCCAGGUUCAUGGACAAUGAUGAACUCUUCCGCCACUUGCGACGGGAUCAUUUCUUCUGCCACUUCUGUGAUGCGGACGGCUCACACCAGUAUUAUGAGGACUACAAUGCGCUGCGUGAUCACUUCCGCUCCGGCCACUACCUCUGUGAGGAGGGAGACUGCCAGGAGGAGCGCUUCACCUCUGUCUUCAGGACCAAACUGGAUUUACAAGCUCACUGCACCCAGACCCACAGCCAGAACAUGACCAAGCAGGCUGCCAGACAAGCCCGCACUGUUGACAUUGAGUUUACAGUGAAUCACCGCAUGCAGGACAGCCACCGCCAGGAGGACAGGGGGGGACGUGGCGGCAGGGGGGGAAGAGGAAGAGGAAGAGGUGGAAGGAGAGACAGGGAACGAGAAUAUGAAGACCAAAGGAUAGCAGAUGAAGUAGACAGCCGGGCGCCUCCUAACCAACACUCAAUAGACAUCAACUGUGUUCAGGACUUCCCGUCACUAAAUAGCAACGGGCCGGGGUCAGGAGGGGAUAGUAGUGGGGGCAGUGGCUCAAAGUCAAUGGCGACGCACUUAGCCAAGCAGAACAGGUUUACCAUAAGAGCGAGAGGCGGGACAAACUUAUUAGAGGAGGAAUUCCCAAGCCUGGGAUCGACCAGCGUGACCGUCAGUGCAGCGCAAGCCACCGCUCAAUCCCCAUCAUCACCCACCACUUCCGUUCACCUCAAAGUCAACACCAAGAAGCCUUCCCGUGACGCUCAGGGUGCCAACUCCCGCAGCAGCAACGUCUCCAUACAGUACAACCGCACCGUGCCUGCUGCCACUACCGAGGGCAAGACUCCUACUUCUGAGGUGGAGGCCAGCAGAGGAGGAGGAGCAGGGCCACAAAUAGGAGUCAUAUCACACAGUAGUAACAUAACACUUCAGAGCACUGGCAAUGGAAAGCCCAAAUCAAAAGCCCCUGCGGAAGAUUUCCCUGCACUUGUUAGCUCCUCCAAGGGCAGGGGAGGAGGAGGUAUGGGCUCAGGGUUGUGGGGGAGUGGGACAGCCCAGCCUGCAGCCGCCACCCCGAAGAAGGUGACCAAGGUUGUUACUAAUGACUUCCCUUGCUUAGGUCCCUCAGCUGGUGCCCCUUCUGUAGCUCCAUCAAAACCAGGGAAGAAGUUCAAUGCUAAAGACUUUCCAACUUUAGCCGCCAAUGCUGACACUCAGACACACAUGCAGAACUAUCACGGUCAUUCUAGUGUCACGAUACCGGUCAGUAAUGUGUGGACAAACUCUGUGGAGCACGUGCCCAAACCCUGCGAACCCAACGAAAAUUUAAUGGGAUCAAAGGGUAAAAAGAAGAAGAAAGGACCCAACAAAUCACCAACAGCAACUUUAGGUGGUGGUGGUGGAGGUGGAGGGAAUACUGGUCAAAGUAAUUUAUCAAAUGGAACGUCUAAACCAAAAUCAGCAACUAAAAAGAAGCCGCUUGGACUUAGUAAUAUUUUUGAUGAUAGCGACGACGAGGACGCCCCCAAAAUCGACCUGAGCAUGGGAAGGUUAGGCGAGUACGAGUCUCUUGCCCCGAAAGUCAGCAGCUCCAACAUGAAAAUGAUAACUCAGGACAUGGUACAGGAGAGGAAAAAGUCCGAGCUAAAGAUUGGAACGCUGAAGUCUCCGCCAGUGAUGGACAGUGACGAGGCUUUCCCAUCCUUAGGCCCAGCCACCACCUCCCCCCUCACCACCUCCACUUGGUCAUCGCCGGCGAAAAAGUCCGCACCGCCUGGGUUCUCAGGCAAGCCCAAGGUUCCUCCGGGCUUCAGCGCCACGGAUAUGACAUUCACCAGCAGCUCAGGGGAAAAAUUUGCCAUAUCGCCAACCUCUGAAGGCAGCAUUUCGACAAAUUUCACUGAGCACCCACAAUCUCCUUCCUCCUCCUCCUUUGCUCCUCCUCCUGACUUUGAUCAGAGAAAUAAGAACCUAAUCAAGACCAUACAGAAGGAGUGUCAAGGGAAGGAGGAGAUGUUUGGAAAGUUUAAGCAACUAGCAAACCAGCUGAGGAGCGGAGAGCUGUCAGGGCAGGUGUACUACGAGCUGUGUAGGAACGUGAUGGGCAAGGCGACCUUCCUCAAGAUACUCCCUGAGCUACUGGUGCUCCUCCCUGAUAUCAAGAAGCAGCAGGAAGUGCUGGGAGCCUACAGGAAGGUGGACGGGGGCCGGGGCUGCACCACCUUGUUUGCCGUGUGUGUGGUGUGCCGGCAGGUCCUGAGCCAGGGUGACUUUGCCCAACACAUGGAGCUCCACGACAACACCGCCAUGGACUUCCCCUCCCUGUCCGACGCCACUGCCCACAUGCUCAAGAAGUGAAGGCCAUGAUCUCCAAAGCCUCAGGGCCUUUGAUGGAGUGGUGGGUGGCAAGAAGAGGGUGACAACCAAAUUGUUUUGAUGUGGAUCUAAAAGGUCUCAAGCUUGUUUAAUGGUUAUUUUGUAUGUCUUUGUUUACCCUGUGUGUGUAUUCAGGACAAGGAAAAAUAAUGUAGAAAAUGUUUACUCAAUGUGUAGAAAGGCUCACCAGGAAAUAUUAUACACCCCAGGAAGUUAUGUUUGUGAUACACAUAUAGCUUAUUCAUAAAUUAUCAUAUCAAGUGAUUCCUGCAUUCAGGUGAAAGGAUCUCUGCUCUCCAUUUUUAUUUCCUGAGUUUUGUGACUGUGACGUUGCUGCUCAGCUGCAUCUCAUUGGUGUUGUAUGUGUGCAUGACAGUUGCGCUGGUCCAAGUAUUGACUGUACUAACUAUUAAAAAAAAAGUGUCUGUGGCUAGGCUAGAGACUUAACAAAGUCUGAAUAUUUUUUCAUGACCUACCAAGUUCAUCAUAGGUCCAAAUACCAGUUGGUGGACAUUUUGAAGUGUGAUUUUUUUGUAAGUCCAUUUGUAUUUAUGUAUCACUUUUUUUAAGAAACUUUUUUUUUUUUUACAUGUAAAGUAAGGUUGUCUUAGGACAUGACUGGGAUACACAUCAUUUGCCUCUUGCUCUAAAGUCUUCAAGGAAUAUAAUUUUCCCUCCAUAGGUAGUGCUGUGGCUGUUGGCAUAUCUAGUUCAUGGGCUAAAAGUUUGCUUACCAACAACCUCCUCAGUGUGUCUGUGUGUGUACAUACAUGUAUAUGUACACACAUAUGCACACACACAUACACACAUACAUAAUACACUCAAGACAAACACACAAGCAUGUUCCUAGUUCUGAGAAAAAGCUUCAUAACCCUUGAAAUAUCACAUCUAUUGACUUGCAUUUUAAAGCCUGUGAUCAGGAAGUGCCUAUAUUGUAAAAAAAAACAUAUAAGAUGUAUUAUAUUGAAUUUUGUAAAUUUGGUGUAAAUAAUUAAUAAAUUGCCAAUAUUUUCA